UACCAGCUGUUGCAGAAAAACAAAGAUUUGCACAACGGCAAGGCAGGCAGGGAUAAGCAGGGACGGUUAUAGGGUCAUUGAUACUUGGGUGUUGGGCCUGCUAGCUGUUUAAGGAAAAGCGUUCAUCCAAAUAAACACUCACAACUGACCUCGCAACGCAAACCGUAAAUGUGAUGGUGAGGGACCACCAACACUGCACAUGCUAAUAUGCUGGAAGGACUGGAGAUAAUUAAAAAUGCCACUCUAUACGUGGAGGAAAUCAUUGUGCAAUACAUUGAUUUGGACUUCUACCUGUGGCUGUGGUGGCUCCUGACACCAUUAGUCAUAACAUUCCUUCUGCCUAUGACCAUUGGUGUUCUCUUCUAUAUCACCUCCUUGAUUCUCUACAUCUACAAGCUACAUAGGCAAAGACUUAGAGCGGCUUACGAACGAGACUUUUGGGAUGGUGCCAGGUACACAAUUGCGGCAAUAUGGGACGCCCACGGAUGGUUGUGGCAUGGAUACGAGAUAGAAGGACUGGACAACCUACCAGUUGACAGUCCUGCGCUGAUAGUGUAUUAUCAUGGUGCAAUACCUAUAGACAUUUACUACUUUGUUGCUAAGACUUUAAUUUUGAAAAAUCGACUGAUUCACACUGUCGCUGACAACUUUUUGUUCAACAUCCCUGGCUGGCCCAUAAUUGCUGAAGCUCUGAAGGUGAUACCAGGAACCGUGCAGACCUGCACCUCCAUCCUCCGUGAGAACAACAUGCUGGCGAUAGCCCCUGGAGGAGUUUACGAAGCUCAGUUUGGUGAUGCAUUUUACCAUGUCUUGUGGAGAAAGCGUCUUGGGUUUGCCAAGGUGGCCCUUGAUGCCAAAGUGCCAAUCAUUCCGAUCUUUACCCAGAAUCUGCGUGAAGCGUUUCGCAGCGUGAGUUGGGGUAGGAAAUACUGGUUGAAAAUUUACCAGUGGUGCAAACUGCCCAUUGUGCCGAUCUACGGCGGCUUCCCUGUCAAGCUGAAGACGGUCGUGGGCAAACCCAUUGAGUACGACCAGACACUGUCCCCUGAGGAGCUCAGAAAUAAGGUGGCCUCAGCAAUUGAGGAUCUCAUCAAAAAGCAUCAGCAAGUGCCAGGAAGCAUUUUACGAGCCUUGAUUCAGAGGUUUUGGAAUUUUGAUAAUCGUGCGAAAAACGAAUGAUCUUGGGUUAAAAUUUCAUUAUCUGUUA